UCGCUUACAUACUAGGUGCGAAAUUCAAAGCGUGGUGGCGGCGGGGAAAGGCGACUUAUUCGCGCCAAGCAUGGCGACCUUGUUUGAUGGGAUCAGCCAGCAGCUGGACUUCUCUAGCUGUGGAGAGGAGGGGAGCAGCAGUGACAACUCUGAUGACUGCACAUUCAGGAUCCGAAGUCCCAGGAUCUGCAGUCCCAGCUCUGCAUGUAGGACGCCCAGAGUGCAACGCCAACGCAGUCGAAGCAACACCCUAACCUCCCCUUUAUCGUGCACCAGCCCCAUACCUUAUGCUUCCUGGAGCAAACUGAGGCUCUGUGACUCACCAAGCACGCCCAAGAGCCUUCUGUCGAAGUCGUCCCAGCCUUUCUCCACCACUAAGAUAAGUCGCCAUCAGAGGACCCUGCGCUUCUCCUCUGUUGCGCCAAACCUCACCCAUGCUCCUUCUGUCAAUGUGAAUCCUUUCACCCCUGACACAAUCCGCAGGAACAGCGAGCAGCAGUGGAGAAACAGUAGUUAUGAUGAUGACGAUGACUAUGGACGCAGGUCGAAACACAGCCUAACGUCAUCUGAGGAGGAUGACGAAGCCUUUCUCCCACCAAAGAAAUGUCUCUGGUUUUACCACAAGGCCCUCCGUCUGUUUAUCUGGCAGAGGCGAGCUGUCCAGGCGUUCAUGCUGUCACGCUAUGAGAGUGAGUUUCUGGAGCUGGAGUGCAUCGGCGUGGGCGAGUUUGGGGCAGUUUACAAGUGUGUGAAGAGGAUGGACGGUUGCUUGUACGCCAUAAAACGCUCUCGCCAACCCUUGGCAGGCUCUGCCAAUGAGCAGCUGGCUCUUAAGGAAGUGUAUGCACAUGCUGUUCUUGGGCACCACCCUCAUGUUGUUCGCUAUUAUUCAGCAUGGGCAGAAGACGACCACAUGAUUAUUCAGAAUGAAUACUGUGAUGGUGGAAGUCUCAAUGAUGCUAUCAUGAAGAAGGAAGUACAGGGUGAGCUGUUUUUGGAGGCUGAGUUGAAAGAUCUACUUUUACAAGUGUCUAUGGGGCUAAAAUACAUCCACAGUUUAGGCCUCGUACACCUGGACAUCAAACCAAGUAAUAUAUUCAUUUGCCAACGUCCCAGUACAAGUGCAGCAGGUGAAGGGGAGAGUGAGGAGGAAGAUGACGGAAGCACGUCAGCAGGAGUCAUUUACAAAAUUGGGGAUCUGGGUCAUGUGACAUCAACCAACAGUCCUCAAGUUGAAGAAGGGGACAGCCGCUUUCUAGCCAGUGAGGUCCUGCAUGAGGAUUACAGCCAACUCCCCAAAGCAGACAUCUUUGCUCUGGGCCUUACGGUGCUGCUGGCAGCCGGGGCUCCUCCUCUGCCCCAAAAUGGAGAUGAGUGGCACAGACUUAGAGAGGGGCAGCUCCCCAAACUUCCAAGGGAGCUAUCGCCUCCCUUCAGAAGCCUACUUCAGUUGAUGCUGGAUCCAGACCUGACAAAGCGGCUGUCUGCCAGGGAGCUUUGCAAGCACGCAGUUUUAAGGGAAAAGAGGACUGAGAGACUAGCUGCCCAGCUACGCAGAGAGCUCAAUGUAGAGAAGUUCAGGACAGCCAUGCUUGAGAAAGAGCUCCAGGAGGCUCGUCUGGCGGCCUUGUCACCCAAGCAGAUCCUCCCUCCUGGCCUGAACUCCUCUGCUAAGAUCGGGUCUCUACCCAGAGCAGGGAGGAGGCUUGUUGGUAGGAAGACUACACGGUCCAUGAGCUUUGGUUGCCCAGGUUAUGGAGUCUAAUGGGACGUUGUGAGGCCCACAUGCCUGUCCUUUUGCUCUGAUGCAAAGUGGUUAUGUGAUUCCCUUGUACAGCAAUGGUUUUGUUGGAACUGAUUUGAAAUGACUGGAUGGAUAAUCCUUUUGAGUCUUCUAAGUGGAUGCAGUGUAACUGAAGGACUGGAGAGACCUGGACAGCAUUGGUUUCAAAGGACUAAUCUGACUCUGACACUGUUCAGGUGAUUUUCAACAACUUGGAAUUGCUGCAGACCAAUGUACUCAACCAAUUGUUUUUUUUUUUUAAACUGUAAAUAAACAUUUUAAGCAUUU